AUGUGGACGGAAGGGGGUAACACUGGUGGGCAUGCAGAAAAUUUGGGCUUGCCGCUGACUGAUGCCAGCGACAUGUUGGUAGCUGCCCUGGAGCAGAUGGAUGGCAUUAUAGCGGGCUCCAAGACUCUGGACUAUUCCAAUGGGUUGUUUGACUGCCAGUCGCCUACAUCUCCUUUUAUGGGUAGCCUGCGUGCACUUCACCGUUUGGAAGACCUGAGGGGUGUCCUGGAGUUGAUGGAUACAGAGGAAAGGGAGAGUCUACGCUGCCAGAUCCCUGACUCUACAGCGGACAGUCUGGUUGAGUGGCUCCAUGGUCGCCUGAGUGUUUACACAUACAUAAGUGAUAAGGAGUCUCUGGUGCUUCAAGUAAGUGUACUGACAGACCAGGUGGAGGCUCAGGGGGAAAAGAUACGGAACCUGGAUUUAUGUUUGGACGAGCACAGGGAGAAACUCAAUGCCACUGAGGACAUGCUGCAACAGGAUUUGCUGUGCAGAGCUGCGCUGGAGACUCAGAAGCUUGAACUGAUGUCUGAAGUGUCCAACCUCAAGUUGAAGCUAAAUACUAUGAAGAAAGAGAGACUUGACUUUGAUGACAGAUUUAGUGAAAGUGAGGAUUUGAUUUUUGAAAUUAACAAACUGCGGUACCGACUGACAGACCUGGAGAAUGAGAAACUACAGUAUGAAAAGAAACUUAAAUCUACAAAGUCGCUAAUGGCCAAGCUUUCUAGCCUGAAAAUCCAAAUUGGCCAGAUGCAGUAUGAGAAACAGAGGAAGGAGCACAAACUCCAGGCAAUGAAGGAGGAGCUGGCCAUGCUGAGGAGGCAGCUGGAGGGUAAAGUCGGAGAGAUGAGGAGAUUACAAGAUGAGACAGGCUUCAAAGCCUCAAGUAGUGCUGAUCACUCGGACAGAGAUGUGGAAGUGCAGAGAAUGAAAAAGGCAGUUGAAUCGUUGAUGGCAGCCCAUGAAGAGAAGGAUCGGGGGGAAGAGUGCGAGCCACAGCAGGACCCAGACUGGGUUGGUCUCAUGACCUUCAGCGAGUCAACAAUGGUGUUGAUGCUCCCUUUGCACGCUGGUCGCUACCCGCAACUGAGCACCCUUUUUAACGGUGUGCAUGGAGGCCUGAUGGUUCUGGAGCCACGGUUCAACGUGGAGACCAUGGCCCUGCUGCUGAACAUUCCUCCCAAUAAAACUCUGCUGCGUCGUCACCUCGCCACACAUUUCAGCCUGCUCAUAGGCUCAGAGGCCCAGCAGCUUAAACAGGAGUGCCUUGAAAACCCAGACUACAUUCUGCUUACUGCCACUACCAAGGUCAAGCCAAAGAAACUGUCACUUGGCAACUUUGGUAGUCUAAGGAAGAAAAGGCAGGAUGAGAGUGAGGAGUAUGUGUGUCCAAUGGAUGUGGAGAUGCCAAAGGGAAGAAGCUUCCAGAAGGGCUUCGAGCUCCAAAUCUACGAGGAUGAUCUCGACAAGCUAGAAUAGAUGGAGGACUCUGAGGGAACUGUGAGACAGAUCAGAGCUUUCUCCAAGGGUAUUCAAAAUCUAACGAGUAUGCUGAAAGACAAAUUUUUCAAAGAGAUUUCCAAUUCACCGAACCUCAGUGUAACGGAUGAAGACUCCAAUGCAUGAGAAUUUCACCAGACCUGGUCCUGCUGUGAAUGAACCUCUGUGCCAA